AUGGGUGACACAACCAUCACUGCAGAGACCAACAAUGCUACAAAGGCUGUGACCUAUGAUGUUAAUCACCCCUAUCACCUCAAUAAUUCUGAUUCUCCGGGUAUGACUCUAGUCAAUACAGUAUUUGAUGGAAGAGGAUACCCAGGAUGGAGAAGAUCCAUUCUCUUGUCCCUGUCAGCUAAGAAGAAGCUUGGCUUCAUCAAUGGAGUUUGCAAAUCUCCAGAUCUGAACUCUCCAGAACUUGAACAAUGGAGUUGUGUGAAUGACAUGGUCAUCUCCUGGAUCCUUAAUGCUCUUUCAAAGGAUAUUGCAGAUAGUGUAAUUUAUUCCAAAACUGCAAAAGAGCUUUGGGACAGCCUUGAGCGGAGAUUUGGGAGAUCAAAUGGAGCUAAGCUCUAUCAUCUGCAAAAAGAACUAUCAGGAUUAGUACAGGGAAAUAGUGAUAUUGCAGGAUAUUUCACUAAGCUCAAGCGUUUGUGGGAUGAAUUGGAUGCUUUGAAUGUCAUCAUAUGCUGCUCUUGUGUUUGUGUUUGUGAAGGAAAGGCAAAAUUAACUAAGUCACUGGAGGAUCAGAGGUUGAUCCAAUUCCUAAUGGGACUAAAUGACAUCUAUGCACAAGCAAGAGGAAGCAUCCUCAUGAUGAACCCUUUGCCUAGCAUGGAUGUUGCUUAUUCACUCCUCUUACAGGAUGAAAAUCAAAGGGAAGUCUAUGCAAAUGCACAUUUUAACUCUCAAUCAGUGUCAUUCAUGGCAGCAGGAGAGAACAAAGAGCCUAAUGCACAACUUCUAGCUGAUUUUGCAGCUUUCAUGACUACAGGACAAGGGAAAAACCAUCAGAAGUUCAGAAACCAGACACAAAGGGGAGCAACCAGAGGACCCAAAUUUAACAACUCUGGACAGAGAAUCAUUGGUUUUCCUGAUGAUUUUGAGUUCACAAAUCACAAAGGAUAUCAGAAUCAGAUUAAGGGAAAUGCAGUGAUGGCAAAUGAAGAGCAUGAAAGCCCAGCAGGACAAGGCAAUGAACUUAAUGGGAAUAAUUUCGGUCAGCAACUCAGCAAAGAACAGGUUGCAGAAAUGAUGCACAUCUAUAAGCAAGCAAAGAUGGCACAGGCAGGAAAUACAGGAAUCAAUGCUAAUGCAGUAGCAGAAUUCAAAUAUAGUUUGUUAUCAGUUCAUAGGUUUUGUGUUCAAUUCAAAUAUGAUGUGUUUUUCACAUCUGUUGAGUGUGUGUUGCAGGGCCUUUCAAUGAAGAGUCCUCAAGCUUUUGGUGAAGUUAGAGAAGGGCUCUACUUAUUGGAACCAAGUAGUAUUAAGUCUAAGGGUUUAUUCAGUAGUGAUGUACUUUCAAUUCCAAAAGGAAGAAAUUCCAUUUCAGAGUCUGUUUCUUUUUCUAGUCCAGUCCUAGUCAAUGCUGUUUCAGAUGUUACGCUUUGGCAUGUAAGAUUGGGUCACCUCCCAUUUUCAGCAAUGAAACAUUUAGAUUUCCUUCAUUGUAAAUCUAAUUCUGAGUUUGUUUGUGAUGUGUGUCCUAAGGCUAGGCAAACCAGAAACCCUUUCCCUGUCAGUAAAAUAAGUUCCAAACACAAAUUUGAACUUAUACAUAUUGACACAUGGGGACCUUAUAAGUCAAAUACUUACAAUGGUUUCAGAUAUUUCCUCACUAUAGUAGAUGACUAUAGUAGGGGGACAUGGACAUUUUUAUUAAGUGCUAAAAGUAAUGCUUUUCCUAUGCUUAAAUCUUUUCUAUCUAUGGUUGAGAGACAAUUCAAUGAGAAAGUCAAAGUGAUAAGAUCUGAUAAUGCAAUGGAACUGGGGAAAGGUAUACAAGAGGCAGCUUUCCUAGCUUCUCAAGGAAUUCUACAUCAGUUGUCUUGUGUAGCAACUCCCCAACAAAAUGGAGUUGUUGAAAGGAAACAUAGACAUCUCUUGGAAACUACAAGAGGUUUGAUGUUUCAAUCAAAGUUGCCUAUGUCAUAUUGGGGAGAGUCUAUCCUAACUGCCACACAUCUUAUUAAUAGGAUGCCUUCCAGUGUUCUUAAAGGCAAAACACCAUAUGAGGUCUUGUUUCAGAAGAAGCCUAAGUAUGAUUAUAUUAGGAAUUUUGGAUGUCUUUGUUAUGCUUCAACAUUAGCACAAGGAAGAGGAAAGUUUGAUGAGAGAGCAACAACCUGUGUUUUGCUUGGAUACCCCCUUCAUCAAAAAGGAUAUAAGCUACUAGAAUUAUCAACAGGAAUAGUAUUUGUGUCAAGGGAUGUCAAGUUUCAUGAGACACAUUUUCCUUUUGCUAAGAACAGACAUUCACAUCAGCCUAUAUUCCCAAACUCAACCUUCAGUACAGAAUACACCUACUCACCUCCACCACAGGAUCAUCUCUCACCUAUUUCUUUAGAACCUGAACUUUCUGAUAAUUUUUCUUCACCAUCACCAAGUUCUUCAUCUACACCUCACCAUCCUUACUUACCUUCUAGUCCAAUUUCUUUUCCACCUAUCCCAGAUACAUCACAUACUAGAUCACCUGUUCCUGAACCUAAACAGCCUACACCAAUGAGAAGGUCAGGAAGGGUUUCCAAUCAACCAACUUACCUAAGAGACUAUGUGUGCAGUAAUAUCAUGUUCACAGAUGUAGGAGCUGCUUGUUUCACUCAACCAACUAAACCUAGGGAGUACUGUUUUUCUUCCCUAUCUCCCAACAAUCAACAUGUCAUGCAGUCAAUAUCUACACUUACAGAGCCUAACAGUUUUGGACAAGCUUGUCAGCAUCCAGGUUGGAUAGCAGCUAUAGAUUCAGAGAUUAAAGCUCUAGAAGACAACCACACAUGGGUUGUAGUUGAGCUACCCAAAGGGAAAAGAGCUCUACCUUGUAAGUGGGUGUACAAGGUGAAGCAUCUAUUAGAUGGAAGAGUUGAAAGAUUAAAGGCAAGGCUGGUGGUCGGGGGGGUGUCCAAAGAGAGAGGUUAG